CCCUGCGCGGCCCGUGACACUCGGUGGACCGAGAUCGCCGAGCGAGGUUUCGGCAGUUGCACCCUACUCCUUCGGAUCCGGCUCUGGACCCAGCCCCCGAAUCCGACACGGCUGCACCAUGGAGGAGGCGGACCGAAUCCUCAUCCAUUCGCUGCGUCAGGCCGGCACGGCAGUUCCUCCAGAGGUGCAGACGCUGCGGGCCUUCACCACUGAGCUGGUGGUUGAGGCUGUAGUUCGCUGCUUGCGUGUGAUCAACCCUGACGUGGGCUCCGGCCUCAGCCCGCUGCUGCCUCCCGCUAUGUCCGCCCGGUUCAGGCUGGCUAUGAGCCUGGCUCAGGCCUGCAUGGACCUGGGCUAUCCUUUGGAGCUUGGCUACCAGAACUUCCUGUACCCCAGUGAGCCUGACCUCCGAGACCUGCUGCUCUUCUUGGCCGAGCGCCUACCUGCCGAUGCCUCCGAAGAUGCUGACCAGCCUGCAGGUGACUCUGCUGUUCUCCUCCGGGCCAUUGGGAGCCAAAUCCGGGGUCAGCUAGCCCUGCCCUGGGUCCCGCCCCUUCUUCGCACUCCCAAGGUGCAGCGUCUGCAGGGCUCAGCUCUCCAGAAGCCACUCCACACCAGCAGGCUGGUCAUGUCCGAUAUGAGCUCCAGAGGUGAGCUACGGGACUUCCAGGCGAGUUCUCUGCUGCCACCAGCCCCCAUGCAGGUGCCCCAGCUUGCUGUGAGGGCAGCCUCGCUCCUGGAACACCAUGCCAUCCAAAUGUGCCAGCGUGCAGGCCGGGACCGCCCAGGGGAUGAGGACUGGGGCCAUCGCGCGUCUCGCCUCCAACAGCAGGAAGAUGCCCGGGCCCAGCAGCAGCGGCUACACAAGCAGCUAGCUGAGUAUCUACGCCAAAACUGGGGCCCUCUUGGGGCCUCCACACAGACCCGAGAUCUGGGAGAGCUACUGCAUGCCUGGGGUGCUGGGGCCAAGACGGGUGCUGCCAAGGGCUCUCGCUUUACACAUUCCGAGAAGUUCACCUUCCAGCUGGAGCCUGAGGUCCAAGCAGCAGAGACAGCAGAUACGCCAGCCACCUCGCGGCGACCUGAGCAGGACACGCGGGCAGCUCAGGAACAGGAGUUAGAGUCCCUUCGGCAGCAGCUGGAGGGAGUGAACCGCAACAUUGAAGAGGUUGAAGCGGACAUGAAGACGCUGGGAAUGAGCCUUGUGCAGGUGGAGAGCGAGUGCCGGCAGAGGGAGCUCAGCACAGCGGAGCAAGAGCAGGCCCUGCGCCUGAAGAGCCGCGCGGUGGAGCUGCUGCCUGACGGGGCUGCCAACCUCGCCAAGCUGCAGCUCGUGGUAGAGAGCAGUGCCCAGCGGGUCAUCCACCUGGCGGGUCAGUGGGAGAAGCACCGAGUCCCACUCCUUGCUGAGUACCGCCACCUCCGAAAGCUCCAGGAUUGCCGAGAGCUGGAAUCUUCUCGACGGCUGGCGGAGAUCCAGGAGCUGCACCAGAGCGUUCGGGCAGCUGCUGAGGAGGCCCGCAGGAAGGAGGAGGUCUACAAACAGCUGGUAUCAGAACUGGAGACCUUGCCAAGAGAUGUGUCCCGGCUGGCCUACACCCAGCGCAUCCUGGAGAUUGUGGGCAAUAUCCGGAAGCAGAAGGAAGAAAUCACAAAGAUCUUAUCUGACACGAAGGAGCUUCAGAAGGAAAUCAACUCCCUCUCCGGCAAGCUGGACCGGACGUUUGCAGUGACGGAUGAACUUGUUUUCAAGGAUGCCAAGAAGGAUGAUGCUGCUCGGAAAGCCUACAAGUACCUAGCUGCCCUGCACGAGAACUGCAGCCAGCUUAUCCAGACUAUUGAGGAUACAGGCAGUAUCAUGCGGGAGGUGCGCGACCUGGAGGAGCAGAUCGAGACCGAGAUGGGCAAGAAGACCCUGAGCAACCUGGAGAAGAUCCAGGAGGACUACCGAGCCCUGCGCCAGGAGAACGCCAACCUCCUGGGCCGCAUCCGGGAAGUCUGAAGAGCUCCUGGCCAGGGGUUCUGCCCAGCCCAGCCUGAGGCAGAGAUCUGGGGUGUGGCUGGAGGCUCCAGCCCAGCACAGGCCUCUUGCCCGGUCCUCUGUGUGCUAUGCAGGCGGUCCCUCCAGCUGCUGCCUUGGACUCCACCCCCCUCCUCGCUCAUUUGAACACAACCCUUAUUCCAGGGGUGACCGUCCAGUGUGGGGGAGUUUGGCCACAGUUUAUUGGGGGAGGUGUUGGGGGUUGGGGGACCUUGGAUCCCCAAAAUAAAAUGAGGGGCUCUUGUACAGUC